AUGGCGGACGUGCCGAGCGACCUCAAGGCCGUGUCGCCCUACCUCGCCCGUGCGCGCGAGUUGACCAAGGCUGAGCCCGUCAUCGCCUACUGGUGCACCUUCCACGCCCUCCAGCAGGCCAUGUCGCUCCGGUCGAGCGCACCCGAGAGCCAGGCGUUCCUCAUCAGCCUCAUGGACCAGCUGGAGGAGAGCAAGGCGGCCAAUGCCAGCAACGAGGCCUUCACGGACGACCUCGCCGCCUCGGCCUACAUCGAGAACUUUGGCCUCAAGCUCUUCUCCCAGGCCGACAACGAGGACCGCAAGAGCAAGGCGACGAGGUUGACGGCGCGCAAAUUCCUGGCGGCGGCCAACUUCCUCGAGCUGCUCUCGAUCUUUGGCGAGCCGACAAGCGAGAACCGGGACAAGAUCAAGUACGCCAAGUGGAAGGCGUCCGACAUCGCCAAGGCCUUCCGCGAGGGCCGCACGCCGACGCCUGGGCCUGUCGGCGGCCUGCAGGAAGGCGACGAGGACGCGGUCGAGACGUCGCGGGUGACGGACGCCGAGGCCAAGGAGCUCUCGCAGGAGCUCGCGGCGCUCGGCACGGGCGACGAGGCGCGAGCGCGUCCGCCGCUCGAGGGUGCGACGCCUGCCGAGAGCACGACGCCGGCGACGGCUGCCGCCGGCUCGGCGACGCACACUGCCAAGUCGGUCGCCGACGACGAGCCCGUAUCGUACCCGUUCCCGCAACAGCCGACGACGCUCCCGUCUGCGCCCGCCGCCGCCGCCUCGGACGACGAGGGCGAGGAGGAGGAGCCAGGCUCUGACUUUGUCGACGACGAGCAGCCGCCGCCGUCUCGCGCCGCGACCCCGCCAGUCCCCUCCUUCCUCGACCAACCGGCAUCCACGUCUGGCGAGCCUGUCACGCCCGGCGGUCCCGUCACGCCCGUCCCCGAGACGCACCAGACGUCGGACCUGCCCGUCCCGCAGGCGCAUGUCGCCUUUGACCCGCCGGCGUUCCCCUCGGCCGUCUUCCCCUCGGCCCCCGCCCUCCCUCCUCAGCAGCCGCAUCCUCCUCCCCCGCACGGCGCAGCUGCGCCGCCCUCGGCUCGUUCGCUCGCCCCGACCUCUGUCGCUGCACGAGCUCCUCCCGCCGCCGCCGCCGCCGCGCCGCCGCCUGUCGCGCCGCCGCCGCCUCGCCGGGACGAGUACGACCCGAUGGAGGUGGCGCAGAUGCAGAAGCACUGCCGGUGGGCCGUCUCGGCGCUUAACUACGACGACUUUGAGACGGCGCGCAAGGAGCUGCGGCUCGCGUUGGCGAUGCUGGGCGAGUAGCCCGUUCGGCGGGUGCAACGAGACGGGUGUGCAGCGUG